AUGGGAAGAAACGAGAGCGCCGGCAUGAACUGGUCGGCCUACGCGGGAAUCACGCUUAGACUUCCGUGGACAGAGAGCGGGGUCGUAGAGGCAGCGCAUACGCCAACCGAUGCCCGUGUGUGCGACCGGAGCACGCCGGUCGGACUCACGGAAGUACCUGUCUUGCGUCACUCAGACCAAAGCAGCGUGUUUGUGAACCGUAGUGGGGCCUCUUCGGGAGACGAUUGCAGCCCUGCGUCGGUGCAUCUUGAAACCGGGCAGGAUGCAGUGUUUCUACGCCAUUUUCCGGAAUGGGCACGGGAUGGAAGACACGAACGGCAUACUUUGGAUUCCGCAUCGACAAUGCGCUUGUACUUUUCAAAGUCAGCCGAUAUUUUUGAGGACUUUUCGAAUCAACGCAAGCUCUGCCCGUCGCCAUCCGCUUCCCUAAUCUCCUGGAGUGCCGAAAUUAACAAUGAUCGCGAAAAGGGCGAUCUAGUCGGGCGCAUACUCAGUGCCGCUUUGUUGAGCUGGGUCGCGGACAACGAACAGACGAGAGCGAGAGGAAUGCAAAUGCAGGAAGCAUCACCUUUCCAUGCCAGUCGAAUACCAUCUAUCUCCGUGGAGGCGUAUUUCGAGAGGAUCUACACGUUUGCUUUCUGUAGCAAAGCAUGUUACGUGAUUGCGCUUCUGUACCUGGAUCGUCUGAGCGCUCGCAAUGCGAACCUCGCGCUGACAAGCUUUACCGCGCACCGCCUGCUCAUCACAGCUGUUAUGCUCGCCGCCAAAUUCUUCGACGAUAUUUUUUACAAUAAUGCGUACUAUGCCAAGGUUGGCGGUCUGCCCCUGUCUGAAAUGAAUGCUCUUGAAGUUCGAAUGCUGCGAGAGCUAUCAUACCAACUGAAUGUAUCAGUGGAAGAAUUUUACAAUUUCGAGAGCAUGCUCAUCAAUAGAGCCGUCAGAUCUGCCCCGGAACUUGGUCGACAACUGUCCGAGUCAGGGUUUCCGCUCCACCAUACUCUUUGGCAUCCACUCAGCCCUAGUUUGCCCAUACCGCCGGCAUGGGGCAACUUAUGCCAGAAUGCUCCUGGAAAUGAUCCGCAGACUCCGAAAGUUGUCGCCGGGUGGCCAUGUGUAUGGAUCAAACAGCCGCUGCAGAUAGACUGCCCCAAAAUAGAGGGUGCAAUGCAUGCGGAGAGCAGGCGUGUCUCAUAUUGGCACUGA